UGAUUGCUAAGCUUUGCGCGACGGGGUCGGUGUGCGCAUAUAUACACGCGUUGACGCGUCAACACACCACACGGCCCGCGCGCUCGUACCAUCGCACCUCGACGGACGACGGGUAAAUCACGCGGCGUGUUUAUUUUUCUCGCGCCUACGACCCGCGGGUCCGUUAUGUCAACCGACAGUCGUGCGCACGGUCGGUCCCCGCGGAACCGUCGAACGGCAACGGGAAAAAGCCCUAACACCUCUCGUCUCCGCGCAGAGUCGCCCGUCGUCUCGUCCGCACCGCAACUAUUAUAAUAUAAUAAUAUAGUACGGUUCCUCCGUCGCGCCGAGACCACUGUACCGUCUCUUAUACCCAAACCGCGGUAUAGACCGCGCGUUCUCCGAUCGGCCGCCCGAGUCCGGUCUAUAAUAACAAUAAUAGUAUAGUAUAAUAUUGAUGUGACAAAACGACAUUGUUCGCAUCGAAUAAUAUUUGUCAUAAUUCGUUUACACACACAACGAUUAUAAUAAUAUCAUCAUCGCCGCCGUCGUCGUCGUGGUCGUAGUUGUUAUUUCGCUAUUAUCGCGCGAACAAAAAACGUCACGAUCACGCGACCUGUCACAUCUGCUCGGCGGUUUGGCGAACACAAAAGAUCCGCUCCGACAAAACAUAUCGUACGCAAACACGCCAACCCGCAAAGCUCGUCGUACCUAUAUAAAAACGAUACCGAUUGCGACGACAUAAUAUACAUCACCACAGCGCGAUCGAUGUUAUUGCCCGACGACAUUUCUGUUCCGGUUAAUUUUUUUCGUUUCUUCCGCAUCGAUUACGCGUCACAUCGCGUGAUUACCACUAAGACGCCAACGAAGACGACGACGACGACGAUGGCCGUCGACGGUAAAAAAACUUGCAGCCGACUCGCCGCCGCGACCGUCCUCUGGCUGUUCGUCGCGAUCUUCGCAAAUCAGAACUAUGUACACUGCCAAGCAAUAGGAGAAGAGCAACAGCGCUUACAACAAAAUGGCCAACAAUUAUUAAAUCAAAACCAACAAGAAGCACUACUACAACAGCAACAACAGCAACAACAGCAACAACAGCAACAAGAACAGCAACAGCUACCAUCACUACAACAACUACCAUCAUUACAACAACUACCAUCACUACAACAACUACCAUCACUACAACAACUACCAUCACUACAACAACUACCAUCACUACAACAACUAUCACCACCACAGCAACCACAAUCACCACCACAGCAACCACUACCACCACCACAGCAACCACUAUCACCACCACAGCAACCACUAUCACCACCACAGCAACCACUAUCAUCAUCACAGCUACCACCACCAAAUCGGCCACAAUCAUCUGGAGUAAUGGGUCCAUUAAAUAUGAUGGAAAAUAGUGUACAACCAAGUAUAAAUAAAAUGACUGAAGAAGCAAUUAAUCCUGACUUUGGAUCAAAUCCAAUAACACAACAAUUGAGCAAUGGUGCAGGUUCAUUGAAUAUACCGAUUGGUGACCGAGUACCACCAAUGCUUUCCGGCAGUUCACCUAUGGUAACUGGUUCUCAACAGUCUCAAUUACCCAUGCAGACUGGUGGUCCACCACAGGCGCCAAGCUUCGUUGAAACUAAACCAUCUCAAGGAAUGAUCCCAAACUCACCAUCAUUGCAGACAAAUCUGCCAUCAGUCCAAAAUACAUGGAGUCUUCCCCCAUCGGUUAACGAACCUAUGAAUAAUCCACAUUUAAAUAACCCACAACACCAUUUGAAUAAUCUGCAAAAUCCUUUGUAUAACCAUCCACACCAAUAUCCACAGUCGAUGCAACAGAAACCAAUGAUGCAGUUACUGCCACACUCACAAAGACUUUCUCCGAAUUACCACUUUCCCGCAAGGAUGCCCAUGGAUCAACAGGUCCAGAGACCAAACCAAAUGCCAUAUUAUAUAAACGGCAAUAGUGGCAACGGGUAUGAAGUUCCGAUCCAAACGUCAAGCAAUGUACCAAGUUUUCCGAGCCAGUUAAAUUCAUUUAUGAAUCCAGGAGAACUACUGCAGCCCAUGCAAAUGUUCAGUAAUAUGAUGCCGGCGAAUCCGAUGCAGAUGGUCCAGAAGCCGGUGGAAAUGAUAUUCAACACGGUCGACAAGUUUGGCAGGUACGGCGAGGGCGUAAAGGAAGGCUUAUCCACCGCGUUCAGGGGCGUAGUUGGCAAAAUAUUAGAUCAAACCCAAUCGGGGGCGCAGACAGUCUUCGACCUAGGCUCGAACGGAACCAAUGCUAUCCUUAAUUUCGGACGGAGACUGUUGGUGCCGGAAACCCUCAGGAACCAGCAGAAUCCAACUCAAUACGGUGGCCAGUAUUAUUCACCGCAGCAGGGUAUGCAGCCUCAGAAUUACGCCUUCAAUCCUCAAAUGUCACCCCCCAACUACGGUGGAAUGGGCUAUAAUAAUAUGCAGCCCCAGGCGGGGACAGGGCAAGUAACGGCCGGUAACAGUAACGGUCAGAUGUCCACACAGCGCACAGCUCCGCAAUAUAAUACCGAGUACGCGUCACAGGAUGAUCAGAAUAUGCCGAACUCCGGCAUGUCCAACCCCAUUAGCGGAUCGCAGCCGAUUGUCCGGUACGGCCAACCCUGAAGACAUUCUAGUGCUGUCUCGGAGUGUGCCCAAGCCACCGGUCCUCCGCCUUUUUAUCUUUCUUCAGUAUUCCUUCUCUCGUAUACACGUAUCACAUAUAUACAUAUAUUAUAACAAUGCAUUAUUAUAUGUAUUAUUAUUUUAGGGCUGGGAUUUUAAUGCCCUAAAAAAAAUAUAUAAAUAAAUAAUGAGCAAAAAAGACUUGAUAAUAUAUCCGAAAAUGUAAUUCUUUGAGUUUGGGAUGUGAAAAAGUAUAUAUUAUAAUAAUACAUAGCUGAUUGGUAAUAGGAAAAUUAAAAUAAAUAUAAUAUUGUUUUCGCCCCUUUAAAUGUGUUUUAGAUACGAAAACGGUGGUCGACGAGUGUUACGCGUGGGAUAUAAAUUGUGAAAAAUGAUCUUAAAAGAUUAAUUUUAUCAAAUUGUUUGAAGAAACAAAAUAAAAAUAAACAGAAUCGCAUAAACACUUGUAAAGCAUUAAAGCUACCUAUGAUUUACAACACAAUUGAAACAAAUUACGUCGUAUCAUUGUAUCAAAAUCUCAGCCCUAAUUAUAUUUAAUUGUAUAUAAUAAUAAGCGCGAUUAUGUGUACAUUUACAUUGGUAGGCACCUAUUAUUUAUAUGUUACCUACCUAUAGUGUAUUUUUCAAUAUUAUUGUUACAUUUUAGUACUUACAUGCACCCAAUGAUACCUAUACCGUACAGAUAGUCGUGUCCAAUAUAAAAUUAAAAAUCAUAGAAAGAUAAUACCUAUACAUUAUUUAGGAAUAGGUGUAGGUAUCAACAUUAUGUUAUACAUAGAAGCAGACCAUCAAAGUAGCCUAUACUUCAUCUCUGUAUUAAUGUUUCAAAACUAUAAUAUGUUGUCAAUUUAAAUACCUCUAUUUUUAUGAAUUAACUGCACGUUUAACUUGAGUAAAGUAUAAUAAUCACGAACACAACCAGGGUGCUGGUACCACAACGCAUCCAAAUUUUAUUAUUAUUACUACUAAUUAAUAUACCUAUUACCUAGUGUUUAUAAGUUGAAACGACAUAAUACGUAUAAAAUAACAUGUACAUGUACCUAACUAUAAGUUUAAAGCAUACCCAUAUAAGCAGCUAUGGGUAUGUACAAAAUAUUUAUUUAUUCGUUAAAAAUAAUAACUUAAAUUGUUUAUUAGAAAACAUAAAAUGACUGGGAGAGCACUUUUUUAUUGCACUAUGAUCGUCUAGAUUUUAGAAGGAAGUAGCAGAGUAGAGUAUAAUAAUUAUUAUUGUUAAUAUGGUGUCCACGUAAUAUAUGGUUUAUACAUGA